UACCGUUAUGUGUUAGUAUUACAACAAAUUUUAUAUAAAAUUUAGGUAAGUGGAAUUCGUAAAACAUUGUAAUAGGUUUCUACAAAAAAAAAUAAAUAAAUGUAUAUAUUAAAUCCAAAAGUUUUCAUGUAUGUCCAUGCGUUAAAUGUUUCUAUGUGAAAUAUUAAAUGUUUGACUGACAUUUAUAUUUUUGGUCUCCCCCGAAAAAAAAAAGGGGGAGGGGGAAUAUAUCUAAAUCUUAAUGUGUAGAACCAAAUCGGUGUUUCACAUCAAAUAGUUCAAAUAGCAAUAAUACAUAAAACACUGAACAUAAUUUAAAACUACAAAAAAUACAACCUAAUAAAAUACUCAGAAAGACUCAAGGAUUAAAGGCACAUUUCUUAUUCCCAUAUGCAAGAACACAUUUGCACAAGUGCUCCUUUUUUUUUUCUUUCUAUUAGGUUUCCAUUAGAGCAUGGAAGGAGUUGGCUGAAUCAGCCAGAAAAACCAAUGACUUAGCAGAGUUUAAUUCUUUUACCUAACAUGCAUAGCUAGAUUAAAACAGGGAUACGCGUAUGACGAAUCUAUCUUUUCUUUUGAAGGAACGUCUGUAAUUUAUAAGAUAAGAUAAGACCUGUCGCAUAUGCAUACAAUUCUUUUUUUUUUUUCAUUGAGAGCUAACCAAUUUCCACAUUAUUACACCCUCUCAACCUUGCAUAGAACAAGAGUGUGGGCCUACGCCAUAAGCCUAGCAUAUAAGUCUAGGAACUAACGAUUACAUGGGACAAAUCUGUUUAAACCCACGAUUCAUGAAUACUUUUGAACUGCACUGCGUGCGAUAUGAAUGAAAAGCCCAUUCAACGGCGCCUGUCAGUGCAAUGGCUUUAUUUUUAAAUCUUCAAUAGUUUGUGUCUUAGAAAGCUAAUAUUAUGCGAGAGCCGCUGAAAUAAGCAGCCAAACGAAGCAGGCGAUAGUGUGGAAGGUGCCUUGUUUACCUUAAUCCAGACCUCAUUCUGUAGUUGUAACUCUAUCCCCUCCUCUGCAAGAAUAGUAUCGUCCACCUGGGCCGGAAGUUUAAGGGGAGGUUAUCCUUAUUUUAUGUAAAUUGGGUUAGAAGAAGUUUCAGUUCUGUAUCGUUUGGAAUGGAUAUUUCACUAUGUUGGCUAAAACAGGGAUCAUAGUCUAUCACAGGGAUUUUGACACUAGAUCUAGAUCUAGGUUUAUAGAUGAAAAGUUCCAUGUUUAUUUUAUCGUUCUAUCCUUGUUAUUGGAUAAACAAGGUGGAUAGUCAACUGACGAUGAUGAUUCGCCGGAGUAGCUUACUGGUGGAAUGAGAACUUCCCUUAGAACCAUUUCCCCGCCUGAAUCAUUCAGUAGGCAACUUUCUACACCCAUCAUCACAUUGGGUCAGGUCAGGGCUGGGCCCCGGACCACCAAUGAGUAUGUGGAUAGCCCCCGUGUGCAUGCAUCAUUGCCGCUCAAGCCUCACCUGCCCACUUUAUCUGUAGGGGGGAACCACUUGACUGGAUUACCUCACGGAAUUACCCCUUUGACGCGAGGAACACAUACACUGACGCCAUCACCUUCACCAGUUGUCUCUCAGCAACCUCUGUCUAAAUCCCCGCCUCUGAAGAAGGAACUGGUGAUUAUACAAGAUGGAGUCAGAGGCGGGGAAACCACCCAGGUGGAAACAACUGGUGGGAACAUUGCCAGCACGGGGGCUAACCACGGGGACAGCAUUAUGUGCGAAAGUUGUGGAAAGUGCCGCUGUGCAGCCUGCACAGAGCCUCGGUCACUGCCAUCUCACUGGUGCUGCCGGGACACCUGUGAGGUGAGCCCAGACAAUGUGAUAGACUUCUGUACAUGUUUCUGUUGUGUCAAAUGCAUGUUCUACCACUGUGGGUCAGAAGAAGAGAACCAGUGCUAUGAGAACCCUUGCGGUUGCUGCUCCACAGCGCACUGCUGCCAACGCUGGACUGUGAUGGGCAUGAUGGCUCUGUGCCUGCCGUGCCUGUGGACUUACUGGCCGGCAAGGGCUUGCCUGGCCGCAAGCACCUUUUGCUACAGCCACUGCCGACGCAAAGGGUGCCAGUGCAAUGUUAAACAUGAUAAGACAAGCGUUCUUUCAGGAGGGGGUGGUACUGCUGUGAACUGUGGUGGUGGUGGAAUUGGGGGAAACUCCAAACAUUCGCAGACUCGUCGACUUUUGAUAGAGUCAGACUCAUCGAGUGCUUAAAGUGAUAUUCAGUUCUCUGAUUCUAUCAGAAUCUCGGGUUUUUAUUAUUAUAAUUAUAAAUAUUACAAUUAUUAUUAUUAAUCCUACACUUGUUACAUGAUACAAAAAAAAAAGAUUAUCUUCUGAAUAGAAAUUCAUCAUGGGCAGUGUUCUUUUUUUUAAAAAUUGUCUUUCUUCUUCUGUGGACUUGCCACAAGGAAAUUAAAAAGUUGAGAAGUAAUUAUGGAAACAAAUAUUGUAUAUUAGGGCAUACUGAGCACAGUAUUUCAUUGGGAAACUUUAUCACUUUUUUUCCUUCAUUGUUUUGAGUCGCCAAACUAGUCAAUUGCUAAAUUGGAAAACAUUUUUGUUGUAUUGUUUGUAAAUUCUUUUAAAAAUAUUUUUUUUUAUGUGUAUGCAUUACAAUGCCCCAGUGUAUCAAAACAUGGAGGAAAUAACUUAUUGUAAAAUACAAAGUGGAAGGGACAAAAAUUAUGCCUUUUUUUUUUUCCACCCCAUUUUCACAUUGCUCACAGACAAAAUGUUAAUUUGCCUAGAACAGCUUGGAUGUAACUAUUUUUUUUUGUUUUUUUGUGGCAUACAAAUGACAGACUACAAAAAGAAAAGGUUGUCAAUCAUGAUGAUGUUUUUUUGUUUAAGUUUAAAAAGUGGUGCAGUGAAUUUGGUUUGUUUUGAAUUGAUCAGUCUUUCAUUAUAGUAACAGGUACAAAUAAAAAAACUUAAAGAGUUCAACAUAAGAAAAAUGAGACAUUCAGUGAUGCAGAAACGUACUGGUGUCUUCUGUCAACAUGGAUGGCUGCCUGGUCAUGUAGCAUAGCAUUCUGGACUGUCAUCCCUAUGGUCCCGGGCUCAAAACCCUGCCUGCUGCUAUCCUCCUCUUGCAGGAGGAUUGGGCUAGGAUGUAAUAAUCUUCAAAGCUGAAGGAACAUCCGAAACAUAUAAAACAAACCAACAUUAACAUUGGCUGAAUUUUGUAAUGAAGAAUGCAUUAUAGUUAAGAUCAUCAGACAACACUGAUACUCCCGCACUCAAUCACAAGUUGAUUUACAAUUAUAAUCUUUAUCAAUAACAUUAUUAUAGACUACAUCAGCUUUUGAGAUAGUUUUGGAGCUUUUUCAAACCUCACAAUUACAUAAAAAAUAUUUUUUUUUUAGUCCCAGUUAAAGUGCAUUAUAUUGCAAUAAUCUGGCUUUUAUUCGGUCAUUGAAUAUUGGAAAAUACUUGUCUGCUAGAAGUUGUACAUUUCAUUUAUUUAAGUUAUUGUCAUUCUUUUUCUGGAUUGUUUAAAAAAAUUUUUUUUUUUUUUUUUUUUUGGGGGGGUCACUUUGUGAAGACAAUGUCACCCUGACCUAGUAUGUGGUUGAUGCCAAUAUAUUAAGUGCUAUGAAAAGUGUUUAGAUCAACUUUAGCAUGUAGUGCCAUAGUGCCCACCAGUGAGUGUUGUUGCUUUCUUGGGACCAUGGUUGAACAUUUUAUUCAGUUGUAUGAUAAACUUUGGGGAAACGGCAGAGUAGGAAAUAGAGACUUCCAUAUAAUAAAAAAAAAAUCAUAGAGAAUCCUGUUAUUUAUAAUUUCUUCAACAUCGUUUCCAAAGCAAACCAUUUAACAUAACAAUGUUGACAUUUAAUAUUACCAUAUGGCAAUCUUUUUACUUUUAAAAAAAAUAUGUUUUCAUUUUACAAAAUCUGGUAACAAAAGAAUAGGUUUCAUAAUGAUGAAAUAGCAAUUUUUCAUUUGAUUGAAAACAGUUUUCCCCCCAAAAAUGUGUAUAAAUUGGUUGUUUCAAAUGCUGUUGUUGUUUUGAAAUUUAGUGUUAAUAUUGACAACUUCUCAGUGUUGAAUGUUACUUUUUUCUUCAAAAUGGCAUUCUGGGAAAUAUAUUUUUCACCUCUAAUCAGUGUUUUUUUUUUUUCUUGAAUUGAUGAAAUAGUGUAUCUUUUUUGUUAAGGGAAAUCAAGACUACAUGUUCAGCUUCAAGAAUCAUUUUUAAUGUUAAUAGUUUGCUAAGUCAGAUACGUGUUUAAAGUGAAACAAAUUCUGUUUUCUAUUCAAUACAAUACUUUUUGAGUUUUGUUGAUGACUAAGAGAAAUAGCUAUGUGCAAAGAAAGGUUUUUAUAAAUUAGCAUAUAAUUUAGAUUUCAAAGCUGUAUUUAGUUUAUCUAGUGCUUAUUGUGGACUGAAGUACUUUAUAUAAUUCAUGGGAAAUAUAUCACAUCAUUAUAUUUACCCCCCAAACCACUGGGCCAUUUAGUGCUGUCUCUUUGACACCAAUUCAUAUUCAUUUUUUUAAAAACUCAUUAAAGUGCAGUAUUUUUGCCUGUAGAUUUUUCACUGUGAGGGCCUAACCAUUUUUCAUUGCUUUAGCAUAAGCACUUGCUCCCUUCUGGCUAGAUACUAAGUGUUGGUGUUAGGCCAAAGAGAAAAUUAGCCUUGCAGUGACUAUCAGGCCUUAUUAGGGUGAGAGGGCUAAGCUGUAAAAGAAAAUAUGAAAUAAUAUUUUAUGCUUAUUAUCCACUUGUGCUAAUGCUUGCAUGAAGAUGAUUUCAAGGACUAACAAUAACAGAGGCUUGCUACAGUAUGAUGAAACCUUAAGAAAAAGCUUUAAACUUUGUUGCAGGCUCAACGUCUGUACACCCUUCUUGAAAAGGAGAAACUUUCGCAUCAGUUAGUUGUUUUAAACACUGUACAUUUUAUUCUGUUACUAUUUGUUGAACUGAUAGGCCUACCCACCCCACCCCGGGAAGACUCCCCUUCUCAUUGUUUGUUAAUGUGAAUAGCUGUACUGGAACUAUUUAUUAUUUAUUUAAUAUAUUCUUGUGACAUGUACAAUAAGUCUAUGUGAAAAAUACUUUAGCUGUUUUUGUUCUGACAUACUGUGCUAGUUGGACACGUCAUGACUUUGUUACAUUGUAGCAUUCUAUAUUUGAACUGUAUCAUUCGUGAUCUAUUGAACAGGUGACUGCAGGGCACAACAUGGCCUAAAUUGUGCCAAAUACCAUUAACACUUAACAUGCAAACACAACAUUAGCAACAGCUUCUUGAGUCUGUAGUAUUGAAUUAUAGUCCUGUAACAAAUAAAUCCAUUGUGAUCUUUCCCCCCCCCCCCCUUUUUUUUUUUUUUUAAAUAUUUUUUUAAAACAAUUUUUUGCUUUACAAUUAUAUUCCAGGCAAUCUUGAAGAUGUAACAAAACAACCAUGUUUAAUUUUGCUGAGCACAUUGCCCAAAGAAAAGCACUCUAAGUGGGUGUAGGAGAUUAAAUAAAUAGUUAGAUUUUUUUUGGGGGGGGGGGCGUCUUAAUGUUUCUUUAAGUUUGAUAGACUUAAAAGUUGUACAGGAGGAUGAAAAAGAUGUGCUUUCCUUGCUGUGAUUAUCUAAACUGAUGAUGUAGGCUAGCACCAAGUCAUUCCCUGAAUUAAAUGCAGUAUUUGAUGUUACAUCUAUUCAAGUUUUGUUUUUCUCAAGUCUGUGCUCUAGUUAUUUUAGUUAAACAGUUUGUUAGAGUCUUGCAUACACACACACGUAACACCCUACUACACGCUCGUAGUUGUUGUGAUGAACCAUCAAGAUGAAUUCUCGUCUCACAAGAGUAAGAGUUGUCUUCAGUCUCGUAGAUCAUUUUUGAUUUUUGUGUGUGUUCAUUUUAAGAACGUCCUCUUAGUAGUACUCUGGCACCACAAUGAACAUUUGUCUGGUAAUAGUGUGGUGAUAUGACAUGCUUUUUUGUUAUUCUUGACAGAUAUCCUUAUACAUGUUCCAUUGUUACUUAUUCAUGGUCACGUCAUUGUAUACCUCUUUGAUAGUUCUCUUCCAAUUAGGUCUGUUUUAGUACGAAAGUUCAAAAAAUUGUAUCACUUUCCUCCGAGUGUCCAGGUUUCUAAAUUCCAGUUGUUAAAGCAUUUCUCCUGCUGCGAUAUCGUUUCUCUGGAAAUAAAAAUGGAAUCGUUAAAAAAAAUAAAUAAAAGGUUAAAAACAGAAAUUCUUAUUCUUCCUUCAAGGCUUAAUGAAAAGCAGCAUUGAGUUUCCUUUGUAUUUGAUUGUUGUUGUACAUAGUGUUUGAUAGCAUUUAUUUGACUUCACUCCAUAGCAGUAUUUUGUAUAGACAUUGGAUCAUUUUGGUUUGUGGGAGGAGUAUGAAUGAGAAUGAAUAUAAAUGUGUGUGUGUGCGUUGUGUACCAUUGUCCACGUAUCUGCUGUCUCUAGGGUUAGACUGCAUUGAAAGAUAACAAAUAUUUGGCAAAUUGUGAACAGUUAGGUAUCUGGUGAAAACAUGUACACUUACACUGUAAGAUGUCAAAGUCAAAAAGUAGUAAAAAAUAAUUUUCUUUCACCCUAAGAUAACUUUUUUUGUGUUGUUGACUAGAGCUUUCUUUAUAAUUAUUACUUUUUUUUUUUUUCUGUUUUUUUUUUUUUUAAUUACUGUGGCUAUGUUAGGCCAGAUUUUUGUGUGACAUAAAACCAAAAAAAAAAAAUUGUUUACACUUAAUCUACCUCUUCAGUCAAAGUUUGCUUCGUGUAGUUAAAAACUUGCAUCAUGUUCAUGGUACUGUUUCAACUUUUCAACAAAACAAAAACGAUCAUUAAUUUUAAACUGAUAUCUGUAUAGUGCAUGUCUUCUAAACAAGGUUUAUAUUAUCAGUUGUUUCACAGUUUUGUUUCCUUUAACACUUUUUUAAUAUUGAGUUAAAAAUUUGUGAACUUUGAAAGAUUUAAUAAGAGAACAAAAAAAAAAAAGUUUCUACUAUUUCUGUUCCCUGUGCCUUAAGACAAAGAGUCCUGGUCUAAUGGUUCUACACCAUUUUUAACCUUUUUCUCUUAAGCUUUUUUUUUAUUAACUAUUUUCUUGAACAUAUCCUAACCAGGUAGUGAAAAAUCUGUAAAUAAAAUGACAGCUAUUAAGAAUAUUGUUGAAGAAAAUCUUUCUCAUGAAAAAAAAAAGCUUCAUCCACAUUUCCUGAUUCAUAUUUUUUCAUUCAGACUAGUUCAUGUUUUAGCUCGAAAUUUUUGUUUGUUCUGUUUUUUUGUUUUAAAAAGUGUAACUUAUUUUUGUUUAUGAACAAAACAAACCAUGCUUUGAUCAUGUCAGUAAAGAAGAGGUUCAUGUUGUGUUCUCCACUGUCUGGAAUGUGGGCAUGUUGUGUAGAGUGCAGUCAAGGAACUAAGCCCAAAACCCAACACACUCUACUGUGAUAUUUCUUUUCUUGUUGUGUUUUUUUUUCUUGUUUUUUUUUUUGUCAAGUUUUUCUAUGGAAUUUAAUCCCACUCCCAUCCAUUUUUUUUUGUACGGAGAAAAUUUCAAGAAUGAAUAGUUUCGUCCUGUAUUCUGGUGAAACUUUUUUUUUUUUUUUUUACAUGUUAUGUCUGUACCUAUUAUACAUAUAUAUAUUAUAAAUAUAUAUAUAUUAUUAUUAUUCUUUGUUUAUUGAUUAGUGUUUUCUUAACAAAGCUGAUUAUUAUGCCAUGUGAAUAUAAAUGGAACUUGUACAAUAUAUGUAUGGUUGUAUUAAAACACAUUGUGUAUAAAAACAAAUC